AUGGAAACCGCGGAAAAGUUACAGGGAAAAGUUGAUGCAGAAAAUGUAAAAGAAGAGAUAAAUGAAGAAGAGGAAUCACCAAUCGAAGAAGUUAGACUGACAGUAACAAAUACAGAUGAUCAUACGCUUCCAGUAUGGACAUUCAGAAUGUGGUUUUUAGGCCUACUCUCAUGUGGUUUGUUAUCGUUUCUAAACCAAUUCUUUGCUUAUAGAACUGAACCAUUAGUAAUAACCCAAAUCACAGUUCAAGUUGCUGUACUUCCAAUUGGUCAUUUCAUGGCCAAGUUUCUACCAAAGACUAAAUUUCAUUUGCCAAUACGUGGUUUUGCGUCGAAGAAAUUUUCUCUGAAUCCGGGUCCGUUUAACAUGAAGGAACAUGUAUUGAUUUCAAUAUUUGCUAAUGCUGGUAGUGCUUUUGGAUCUGGUUCAGCUUAUGCUGUUUAUAUUGUUUCCAUUAUUAAAGCGUUUUACGGCCGAGAUAUCUCAUUUCUUGCUGGUUGGUUGCUUAUCAUCACUACUCAGGUUUUGGGGUAUGGUUGGGCUGGACUUCUAAGGAAAUAUGUGGUGGAACCUGCUCAUAUGUGGUGGCCUAGUACCCUCGUUCAAGUCUCUCUUUUCAGGGCACUGCAUGAGAAGGACACUAACAGAAUGUCAAGAGCAAAAUUCUUCUUAAUUGCAUUUGUUUGCAGCUUUGCAUGGUACGCAGUUCCAGGUUUUCUCUUUCCGACUCUGACAAGUAUCUCAUGGGUCUGCUGGGCGUUUUCAAAAUCAGUUACGGCGCAACAAAUUGGCUCUGGCAUGAAAGGACUAGGUGUAGGAGCAUUCACACUUGAUUGGUCUGCUGUAGCUUCUUUCUUGUUUAGUCCACUGAUAUCUCCGUUCUUUGCUAUCGUAAACGUUUUCUUCGGUUAUGUAUUAUUCAUGUACGUAGCAAUCCCAAUAGCCUACUGGGGUUUUGAUCUGUAUCAUGCAAAGACAUUCCCAAUAUUCUCCGCAGACUUGUUUCGGUCGAAUGGAGAAUCUUAUAACAUAACUGCCAUUGUCAACCCCAAGUUCCAAAUAGAUUAUCCGAGUUAUGAUGCGCAAGGUCGCAUUAACUUAAGUACGUUUUUCGCACUUUCAUAUGGUUUCGGUUUCGCUACCAUUGCUUCUACCCUCACUCAUGUUGGGUUUUUCAACGGAAGGGAGAUAUAUGAACGCUUUCGUGCAUCAUACAAAGGCAAAGAGGAUAUUCACACUAGAUUAAUGAACAAGUAUCCGAAAAUACCCAACUGGUGGUUUUACGUCAUGCUUGCUGUAACAAUUAUCGUCUCGGUUAUCUUAGUCACGGUUCUCAAUGAUCAAGUGCAGUUGCCAUACUGGGGCCUAAUCUUCGCUUGUGGGCUCGCGUUCAUAUUCACUCUCCCAGUUAGCAUGAUAACUGCAACAACAAAUCAGACACCAGGACUAAACAUAAUAACAGAAUACAUAAUGGGUCUUAUAUUACCGGGAUAUCCGAUUGCGAAUGUCUGCUUCAAAACAUACGGAUAUAUGAGUAUGUCCCAAGCUGUUUCUUUCCUUAGUGAUUUUAAGUUAGGCCAUUACAUGAAGAUCCCACCAAGAUCAAUGUUCUUGGUUCAGCUGAUAGGAACCAUUAUAGCCGGAUCAGUUAACAUUGGAGUUGCAUGGUGGUUAUUAACCACUACAAAGGACAUAUGCCACCCAGAACGUCUUCCAGCUAACAGUCCAUGGACAUGUCCCAGUGACCGAGUUUUCUUUGAUGCAUCCGUCAUUUGGGGUUUAGUCGGACCAAAGCGUAUAUUCGGACCACUGGGAAACUAUCCAGCGCUUAACUGGUUCUUCCUAGGCGGUGCAGUCGGACCAAUUUUGGUUUGGUUACUGCACAAAGCAUUUCCUAACCAGUCUUGGAUUGCUUUGAUCCAUCUUCCUGUUCUAUUAGGCGCAACAGCUUAUAUGCCACCGGCAAGAGCAGUGAACUAUAAUUCGUGGAUCAUUGUCGGAACGAUAUUCAACUAUUUCGUGUUUAGGUAUAGGAAAAAAUGGUGGACAAGGUACAAUUACGUUCUUUCAGCUGCACUUGAUGCUGGAGUUGCUUUCAUGGGUGUUUUGCUAUAUUUCUCCCUGACUUUGGAAAAUCAAAGCCUCGAUUGGUGGGGAACGCGCGGUGAGCAUUGCCCGUUAGUCGAUUGUCCGACUGCUCCUGGUGUGAUUCGUGACCCUCAAUGUCCUGUGUUUUGA